GCCCCGCCUCUAUUCCCGGGGACCAGCUGUCAAUCAAAUCAAUUCCCACUCCAGGAGGGGGGAAACUUGGGAGCGAACAGAAAAAAAAAGUUUUGCAAAAGUUUGCAACAAUGAGAAAUCGGAAGGGGAGAAGCGGCCAACGGGGCGAGGACAACUCCCCCCGAGCUGACAGCAAGGAUGUGUCCGGUUCUCCGGCCAGCCCGGCCGGGGGGACCUUGCUGUGGAUUCUCAUCCUCCUGCUUCUGGCCGGCGGCGGGAUCGGCGGCUGGUUCAUUCAGCAGCAGCUCAGCACCAUCGACAACCUGGAUCACACCAUCCAAAUCCUGCAGAAGAAGCUCUCUCAGCUUGAAAUGAUCCAAGACCAAGUGGGUGAGCUGAACGAGAAGCUGCUGAUCACAGAAACUCACGAACAAAGGUUGCAGGAUCUCGAGGUUACUUGGACUAAUUCUAAAAGGAAAUUGGAUCAGGCAGCGGAGGCUGUGGCACAGAUUCAGUCAGCUAACCUGAACAGUAAGGUGACUGGGCUCCAGUUGGAAAUGAGCACCAGCCUGAGUGAGCUGAGGAAGGACUUGCUGAAGAAGAAUGAUCUGAAGCGCCUGGAGGAUAUGGUUGAAGUUCUUCGGGAAGUUGACCUUGCACAGGCAGAGCAGCAAGUUGCACGUAUGAAAGCUGUAACUACCAAACUUGAGGAGAACACAGACUCACUGUCUACUUCUUUGACAAGUUUAACAAGUCGGAUGGCAAGCCUAGAAGCAGCGAGGCAGGACCUACAAAGUGUUGAGGACAUCAACACAAUCAAAGAGCUGAUGAACUAUAAUCUUCAUUCCAUCUCCAACAGUGUGACUGAUUUGACAAUACAAGUUAACCAGACAACCCAGGCAACUGAUGCUAUUCUGACCCAGUUAGCACGGCAGAGCAACGAAUUAUCGGAACUGAAAAACUAUGCUUCAUUCCAGCAAGUUGAGCACCUGGCCAGCAAAGAGCAACUGGAAGAUGUCAGGAAAAUGGGCGAGCGGUUGCAGAAGGAGAAGAUUUCCAUGGAAGAGCUGGAGAGCGCGGUUCGAAGCACAGUCGUUGUUGAUCUCAGUGAGCUGCAAAAGAGAACUGGUAAAAUGGAUGAAAUACUAGCCAAUCUGCAGGUCCACGUCGCAAAGGUUGAAAGUAAUGGGGCUGAUCAAAAUAAACAACUCGCAGAUGCCUUGAAUCAAACAUCUCAUACUCUGCAGAAUAGUUUGGGGAAAAUUGAAACAAACCUCAAGAGUUCUGUCGAGCAGUGUCUGUCAGGAGAAGUGAGAACUUUCUGUGAAACUUUGGAAAAUUGUGCUUGGCCGCACAUUCGGGAAGUAAAUUUUCCUCAUCGCAUACUGAAGGAUCCAGUGAUCAUACUGAGCUUGGCUGAGAUCAGUUCCGUUGAAUCAGUUGGAGUCACAGUGAAAACCGUGGACGUUACAGAUUCUGGCUUCAAGAUCCAAAUUAAUAGCAUUGGCAAUUAUAAUUUGUCGACCGUGAGAGUCAACUGGAUGUUAUGUGCAUAGUUUAAAUGUCUUGCACAAUCCAUUACAAAGUGGCAAGAAUAUAGGUAAAAACUAAGAAAAACAACUAUUGCUUUCACUGUAUGAAAGACAUGUCUCUUCAAAGCUCAUGGAGCUAAUUCAACACCAAAGCAGUUCAUUUGUUUAGAAUUAAUUAUUCCAUUUAUGUGCCAUCACCUCUGUAAAUAGAACUAGUCUUUUUAUA